AUGUGCCACCAGAAUGAAUUCCAGUGUCAAUCAGAUGGCAACUGUGUUCCUGCUAACUGGGAAUGUGAUGGUCAUCUUGACUGUGCAGAUGGCUCAGAUGAACAUCAUAGAUGUCCUGCCAGGACCUGUCCUCCAUCUCUUUUCCGCUGUGAUAAUGGCAACUGUGUCUAUCGAGCAUGGAUCUGUGAUGGUGAUAAUGACUGCAGGGAUAUGAGUGAUGAGAGAGAUUGUCCUACUCAACCCUUCCGGUGCCCCAGCUGGCAGUGGCAAUGUCCAGGUCACAGUAUCUGUGUGAAUCUGAGCAAAGUAUGUGAUAAUUCUGCCGACUGUCCUAAUGGAGCUGACGAAUCCCCGUUGUGCAAUCAGGAGAGCUGCUCUGACAAUAAUGCCGGCUGCACUCAUGAGUGUAUUCAAGGACCCUUUGGAGCACAGUGUACUUGUCCUAUUGGAUACCAGCUUGCAAAUGACUCCAAGACCUGUGAAGAUAUUAAUGAAUGUGACCCUCCAGGCUUUUGUAGUCAGCAUUGUUACAAUGAGAGGGGAUCUUUUAGGUGUUACUGUGAUGAAGGAUAUAUUCUAGAAACCAAUGGGAAGACUUGUAAAGCAGCAGAGUCUGUGAAUCUUCUUUUGCUGGUGGCAAGUCGUAACCAAAUCGUUGUGGACAACAUCACCUCUCAGUCACACAGUAUUUAUUCUCUAGUUCGGGACGGGAGAAAUAUUGUUGCUAUUGAUUUUGAUUCAAUGACAGAUCGUAUCUUUUGGUCUGAUACAACAGAGGAUAAAAUUUGGAGUGCUUAUCAAAAUGGGACUGACAGAAAAAUAGUGUUUGACAGCGGUGUCACCGUGACUGAAAGUAUAGCAGUAGACUGGGUAGGUCGCAAUCUUUACUGGACAGACUUUGUUCUGGAAACAAUUGAAGUCUCUAAAAUGGAUGGGAGCCACAGGACUGUGCUGAUUAGUGAAAAUAUAACGAACCCAAGGGGACUAGUGUUAGAUCCCAGAACUGAUGCUCAUAUAAUGUUCUGGACUGACUGGGGCCAAAACCCUCGAAUUGAAAAAGCCAGCAUGGAUGGCAAAAUGCGAACAGUGAUUAUUAACAAUAAAAUCUACUGGCCCAAUGGACUCUCCAUUGAUUACCCCAACAAACUUCUCUAUUUUGCUGAUGCUUAUCUUGAUUAUAUUGAUUUUUGUGAUUACAAUGGAAACAACAGACGACAGGUGCUUGCAAGUGAUUUGAUACUGCAGCAUCCACACGCUCUGACUGUCUUUGAAGAUUUUGUGUACUGGAGUGACCGCUAUACUAAUCGAGUAAUUCGGGCCAAUAAGUGGCAUGGAGGAAACCAAACAGUUAUGAUUUAUAACAUUCACCAGCCUUUGGGGCUUGUGGCAGUCCAUCCUGUAAAGCAACCUAAUAGAUGGGUGCUUUCUCCUGAUAACAGGAACUGCAUAAGAGUUGAACACCCUUUCCUUAUUGCUGUAAGAGAUAAUAUAAUUUAUGGAAUUUCUCUGAACCCUGAGGAGAAGACGAAUGAUGCUAUGGUUCCAAUAGCAGGAGUUCAGAAUGGUGUUGAUGUCGACUUUGAUGACUCCGAACAGAUGAUUUAUUGGGUUGAAAAUCCA